AUUAGAUACUCCGUAGAUAAUAAAAGGCCCACAACUUCUCUCUCCUUUUCUCAUUCCUCUCGUCCUCGUAGGAUUCCAAUUCGCACCCCACCGCCGUUGAGGGUCUCAACUCCCAAUUAUUACGGAGUAGUAUCAACCAAAUCUCCUGUUCUUCUCUUUCGAGGGCUCUCUCGUACCUAUCUUUCUUCGCUUCAAAACAUGCCAGAUUAUCAAGAGCCAAUAUUGAUAGAAGAUGGAACUUCAACUCUCCCACCGCUAUUCUUCAAGCUUAAGCACUGGCAAUGGUGGUUUUUGGUCGUUCUUAAUGUACUUUUUAUUGUCGCUGGUCAAGCUGCUGCUGUCAUUCUUGGAAGAUUUUACUAUGAUCAGGGUGGAAAUAGCAAAUGGAUGGCUACCCUUGUCCAAACUGCUGCUUUCCCAAUUGUCCUCAUCCCAUAUUUUUUUCUCCAUUCCUCUAAAGGCCCUCUGUCUGCUUCUCCUUCUCCUCCACUGAAGACUAUUUUCUUACUUUACUUUGUUCUUGGAGUAGUUAUUGCGGGUGAUAACAUGCUUUAUUCCAUUGGACUAUUAUACCUAGCCGCCUCUACUUAUUCCCUCAUUUGUGCUACUCAAUUGGCUUUUAAUGCAGUCUUCUCUUUCUUUAUCAAUAAUCAGAAGUUCACUGCACUAAUUAUGAACUCUGUGGUUGUCCUUUCGCUAUCCGCCUCUCUCCUUGCUGUAAACGAUGAAUCUGAUGCGCCAUCCGGAGUCUCUCGAUCAAAAUACAUCCUUGGAUUUUUAGCUACUGUUGGAGCUUCUGCACUAUACUCUCUUCUCCUUUCCCUUAUACAGCUUUCAUUCCAGAAGGUUUUGAAAAAGGAAACGUUUUCCGUGGUGUUGGAAAUGCAAAUUUUCACGUCACUCGUUGCCACUUGUGUUUGUAUGGUUGGCCUUUUCGCAAGUGGUGAGUGGAAAACUUUACACGGAGAAAUGGAUGGAUUUGGUAAGGGGAGAGUUGCUUAUGUGAUGACUUUGGUGUGGACAGCUGUGGCUUGGCAAAUUUGCGGAAUUGGUGUCGUGGGUUUGAUUUUCGUCGUCUCUUCUCUGUUUUCAAAUGUCAUCAGCACUUUAUCUUUGGCUAUUACUCCCAUUGCUGCUGUGAUAGUCUUUCAUGACAAGAUGAAUGGUGUAAAGAUUAUUGCUUUGCUUCUAGCUCUUUGGGGUUUUGCCUCUUAUAUCUAUCAGAACUAUCUUGAUGAUCUUAAGGCAAAGAAAACAGAAAAAGAGGUCAAUGAGGCCUCCAGCAAUUCAAACUGUUGAUUUUUUGUUGGCGGCUUCGAGAAAAUGCUGAGAACUUGAUUGGUUAGAAUUGUUACUCUCUCUCUCUCUCAAUUUGUAACAUACGCCAUUUUUUAUCAUUUAGUAAUAGCUUUUGUGUAUCAUAGGGCUUUCAUUAUCUUUGUCACUUAAUAAAUUAUAGAGGAGAUUUGUUCAUGAUACGUAUUUCUGUGGAAAACUAUCCAUGUCUAUUAUGGGGAUCUGGUUUUUUUUUUCGGUUAUGAAGUAUUUUCAUGUGU